CAGUCAACAGAUCUCUACCAUCUCUGUACGCACCACAGCGAGGCAGCAAGCUUUAGCAGCAGAUCUCUAGCAGGUCUUAUAGAGAUCACAUCUCCUGCUCCUGCUCAGGACAGCAUCCCAGCACACAGAACAAGACAGCGUCUCCAAAUAAGGAAGCGAAGCGACAAGUCUGCCACCAUGACUCCAAUCAUAAUCCUCUCACUGGUGAUGGUCCUCAUCGCACACUCUGAACAGUCUGUGCAGGGGAGGUGGCCUUACACACCUAAUGACUCAGGUGAGUGUGUGAAAGGCAAAGGACUGGGCUACAGGGGUAAGGUUUCCGUGACGAAACGAGGAGACGUCUGUGCAAACUGGAACCUGGUGAUUGAUGUGUAUUCCUCUUCAUUUUACGGGAGAGGACUGGGCCGCCACAACUACUGCAGAAACCCUGAUUACAGCAGAUUUCCAUGGUGCUGGGUGCAGAAGAAGCGAAACCACUGGGUCCGGCGGUACUGUGACAUCCCAAGCUGUGACACCCUCAAGCCCACAACAACUACGACUACGAGUACGACUACGGCUACGACUACGGCUACGACUACGGCUUCGACUACGACUACGACUUCCAUUCCAACCACACCUGCUGUAGCUGACAGAGACACAGAGUUCACCUGUGGAGAGAGGAAGGAGGUGGGCCGGCACUUCAAGAUUGUGGGUGGAUCCCAAACCCCAGUCUCCUCCCAUCCCUGGAUGGCCUCCAUCUUCUACCGCUCCGGGUUCCGCUGUGGGGGCAGUCUCAUCUCCCCCUGCUGGGUGCUCACGGCAGCACACUGUUUCCCUGACAGAAAGGACUUGAAGAUGCACAAACUCAGUGUUUUUCUGGGGAAGGACGCCAUCAAUGAGACAGACCUCGCCCAGGAGCAGCGCUUUAGGGUGAAGCAGAUCAUCCUUCACGAGGACUACAGAGAGACUGGGAGGGACUUCAACCAUGACAUAGCUCUGCUAGAGAUCGAAGGAGUGGGGAGUGUGGGGUGGCACGGGGAGUGUGCGGUGCGGACAGAGACGGUCAGGACUGUGUGUUUGCCUCCUGCUCACACCACGCUGCCGCCAGGCUCCUUCUGCACCAUCGCUGGCUAUGGAAGAGACCACACUUUGUUCUACACCAAGUACCUGAGGGAAGGUCAGGUGCGUCUGCGCCCCCAGGCCACCUGUGUGAAGGAGGCCCCGGAGCCCAGCAUGGUGACCGAGAACAUGUUCUGUGCCGCCAGCCCAGACUGGGCGACCGACGCCUGCCAGGGCGACUCCGGUGGUCCUCUGGUGUGUGAGGUGGAUGGCCGUAUGUUUCUGUUUGGCAUCAUCAGCUACGGGGAAAAUUGUGCCCAGAGAGGCCAGCCGGGCUUCUACACGCGCGUCACCAACUACAACAAGUGGAUCGCCAGGCAACCGGGCCUCCGCUCUUACACCCUGGGCUCCAUGUACCCACAGAAGUGGUGACGCUUUGCAGCUCUUACACCCUGGGCUCCAUGUACCCACAGAAGUGGUGACGCUUUGGACUGCUUCAGGCAGCCGUGAUGGGCAGCCAUACUGGGGUCCUCUGGUCCCCAGACUCCUUUUUGAGAUGCCGCAGCAACAGCAGCAACAGCAGCAACAGCAACAGCAGCAACAGCAACAGCAACAGCAACAGCAGCAACAGCAUCAUCAGCAGCAGCAGCAGCAGCAGCAGGAGCAUCUCUGUGCUCUCUUUGCAUUUCUACCCCUGGGCAGCUAUAGUUCUGAUCCCUGAGGCGCAGGUCUGUCUGUCUGUCUGUCUGUCUGUCUGUCUGUCUGUCUGUUUACUGUAGUCUUACACGACAAAAGCUGGCGAGAAUCUUUGGCAUCAUUUGGUCUGUACUCUCAGGAGAACCCCGAAAACGGAGUUGAUUAGAACCAGAUAGAACCUGUGCACUUGUCUCUCCUUUGGGAUGACUAAACAAUGUUGUUACCCUGUGGUAUAUGUCCCCAGUGACUUCAUAAGAAUUGACUGAACAUUUAUUUUUUAUUUAUAACAUUGUUUAAUGCUAAUUAUAUAUUUAUAAUACUGAUAAUACGAAAUUAUUUUAUAGGGAUACAUUUGUUUUUUAUAUUUUUAUAUUUUUGUACUUGUAUACCACCAAACAGGCUGGACCUUUCAUUAAUGUUUGUAAUAUUGGUUUUGUUUAUCAUGCACCAGCAUGUCACUGUUCUAUGCUUGAGCUGAAAUAAAUGAUUGCCAGUGUCGUGCCAA